AUGGGUUCAAACAUAAGCCGAUGGGCGAAAAAAACGACGAAAAAAAUGUUGGCACUACAGCAGCCUGGGAUGGACAGACUGAGCCAUGAGCUGUCUGCGCAGCGUGAUCGCCUCGUGCGUCUUCAAAGUGUUCAGACCGACAUUGCGUUGGAUCUUCCUCCCUCAAUCCCUCUGCCGGAUGGCGAAGAAAUUCCUUAUGGCAGCGCUACUAGAUUACAAAUACGAGAUCCCGAACAGGAGAGCGAAAUUUACCAAAAGUGUAUUCGAGCACCUCCAAAUAGGACUGUUUUCGAUGGAGAAUCCCCUCCUCCGUCUUAUCAAUCCAGUUCGUCGGGUUUAUUGUCCUCUUCGGAUUGGUCAACCGGAUCAUCUAGCAGUGGUGGUAGCAGUAGUUUAGUUGUACGAUGUCAUAGCGUUAGCGGCGCGUCUUCCAAAAGACCAGCCAAUAUUUUGGGUCGAACGGUCAGGUGUUUGAGCGGUAAACGGUGUCACCUGUCUUCGAGCACCGAAGAUUCGUCAAUGUCUUCGAUAUCCACUUCCCGGAGUUCCUCAAAGGCGAGCAGCAGUUCCGUGAGCGUCGUCGUUCCCUCUCACAGGUGUCGGAGAUUGUCGGCAUUUUCGGACAGAGCGGCGGCUUCGGGUUCGAGUCUCGCUUCUCUUCCGACGGUCCAAUGCGUCACACCCGCGAGCACCAGUGCAACCACUACCGUGGUCGCAGAUGUACGGCAGGGAUCUCGCGCAACAACCUUGGACGAACGUGUUGUCGGUUCUGGUGGUGGUAAUAAUGGUGGUGGUAAUGGUGGUAAUGGUGGUGGUGGUGGUUCGAGAUCUCAUUCCGGCGGAAACACGUGUGAAAAUAGGACGAUUGAUAAUAAUAAUAAAAACAAAGGAAAAUGUGAUCGCAGCACCGUCUGA